AUGGAGUUAAAUUUUCCACGAAAUGAGUCCAUCCUCGAGAUCCAGUUCAUGUUAUUGUUCAGUCGUCAGGGCAAGCUCCGCCUUCAAAAGUGGUACAAUGCCUACAGUCAGAAAGACAAGAAAAAAAUGUCUCGAGAACUCAUUUCUACAAUUCUCUCCCGCAGAUCAAAAAUGUGCAAUAUCUUAGAAUAUCGCGAAUUUAAAAUUGUAUAUAAAAGAUAUGCCAGUCUUUAUUUCUGUGUUGCUGUUGAAGCUGAUGAUAAUGAAUUAAUUACGCUGGAAAUUAUUCACAGAUAUGUUGAAUUAUUAGACAAAUACUUUGGCAGUGUAUGUGAAUUGGACAUCAUCUUUAACUUUGAGAAAGCCUAUUAUAUUCUAGAUGAGCUACUGGUGGGUGGAGAGAUUCAAGAAACAAGUAAAAAGAACAUUAUUCGUGCUGUAACAGCUCAAGAUAUGCUUCAAGAGGAAACAGAGAAUCCCAGAAGUACACAAGGUGUCCUUGAAGAAAUGGGACUAGCAUAG